CGGCGGCGCGGGCGCGCGGGGGGGCGGCGAGCGGGGGCCGGGCGCAGGCGAGCGCCGCGCGGGCCGCCACCAUGGCCACGGACGAGCUGGCCAGCAAGCUGAGUCGCCGGCUGCAGAUGGAGGGCGAGGCCCCCGCGCCGCCGCAGCCCGGGCUCAACGGGGCGGCGGCGGCGGCGGCGGGGCCGGCGGCCGAGGAGGCGGCGGCCGAGGCGCUGGGCAGCGCGGACGACGAGCUGAGCGCCAAGCUGCUGCGGCGCGCCGACCUCAACCAGGGCAUCGGCGAGCCCCAGUCGCCCAGCCGGCGCGUCUUCAACCCCUACACCGAGUUCAAGGAGUUCUCCAGGAAGCAGAUCAAGGACAUGGAGAAGAUGUUCAAGGAGUAUGACGCUGGCCGGGAUGGCUUCAUUGACCUGAUGGAGCUCAAACUCAUGAUGGAGAAACUCGGAGCCCCCCAGACCCACCUGGGCCUGAAAAACAUGAUCAAGGAGGUAGACGAGGACCUGGACAACAAGCUCAGCUUCCGGGAGUUCCUCCUGAUCUUCCGCAAGGCGGCCGCGGGGGAGCUGCAGGAGGACAGCGGGCUGCAUGUGCUGGCCCGCCUCUCCGAGAUCGACGUCUCCACUGAGGGGGUCAAGGGCGCCAAGAACUUCUUCGAAGCCAAGGUCCAGGCCAUCAAUGUGUCCAGCCGCUUCGAGGAGGAGAUCAAGGCCGAGCAGGAGGAGAGGAAGAAGCAGGCGGAGGAGAUGAAGCAGCGGAAAGCGGCCUUCAAGGAGCUGCAGUCGACCUUCAAGUAGAGGCGCCGGCCUGACCGCCCGCCCGCCUGGCCAGCCCGGGCCAGAGCCCCAGCCCACAAUCCGUGCGAGGGGACCACCCCAGAUACCCCACAAACACCUGUGAACGGAGCAAGCGCUGCGUGUGGAGGGGUUCAGAGGGGCCCUGUCCCCCACGGUCGGCUCCCCGGCCAAACCCUCCCCCCCAACCCUGCACUGGGCCCCCAGCUGCCGCACUGCCUGCUCAGCACGGCUUUCACCAUCCCAGCCCAGUGCGGCUGUGUGUCGUCCCCCCUCCCCACCUUCCCCUGAGCCAUCCCCAGUCACUUCCCCACCAGAAGAGGUCCCCCUGCACCCCGUUGUGCUCCUGUGGAGAACCCCCAGGGCUGGGGAGCUGAUCUGCUGGUUAUUGGUCCCAGGCUCCCUGCUCCCCCAGGCCUGUUCUCAGCCUCGCCCCCCUCCACACACAUGGGAGUCAGGAAGGGCCCAGACAGGCUGGGGGAGGGGCAGCUGUGCCAUUCUACCUCAGGAGCCCACGCUCUGCCCACUGUACCCCAGGAGCAUGGGCAGCGGGGGCUCCAGGGGGCAGAAAACCGAGCCUGAGGGUCCCGGGGGGCUCCCCCAGAGGAGGGUGGGGACGAGGUAUUGGCCCCUGCCAGGGCCCGAAAGCCAGCACCCCUCCCGGCUCCGUUCCUUGGGAGUCGAUCAAGAAGUGCUUUAAAGUGGUUUGCGUGGGCAGGUGAGGGGGUGGGUAAACAGGGGAGGGGGGGGUCCUGUCUCAGCCCUUUCACGCCCACCCUCCCCCGCGGUCACCGGCGGCGGCAGCAGCCGGGACUGGUCCCCAUCUUUCCACCACGGCCCCUCGCGGCUCCCAGUGUGCCCACGUGCGUGUGCGUAUCCUUUGCUGUGUCGUGAAAACUGUGACGUGGUUCUCGUUCCCAACAAGUGAAGGGGCCGCCGAGCCCCCCCCCCCCGCCCCCACUCCCCCAAACCCG